AGAGACUGCAUUCCAGAAGUUUCCCGCCAGCCUUCUGCCCCUCAGAUAUACACACGCACACACGCACAACCGUUUGCUGGAUGGCACAGUAACUUGAGCCUUCAGGCUUCUCCAGUGGAUCUCAGCCCGACUUUUUCCUCUUCAUCCUUCUACUUGGAAGCUUCGGGACGAAGAAUACAAGCUAAACCGGCUUUUCAAGUUUGCAGCACAAGGGCCGAGAGGGUAGAUGAUCUCUUCUCCUUGUUGACUUCACAGUCCCAGCCAUCUGCUGAAACAUUACAGGACGGCUUACACUGCUGGUAGAACUGCACAGGACUGAAAUCACAGCAGUCAUAGUAUAUCUCUCCUCCUGAGUUCUGACGGACGAAGAGACGGACAUUGUGCCAGCGUCUGGAGUGUGAGUGACAGUUACUCCUGAAGCGAUUGGCUUCUUGUCAGCAGUUGGAAUUUUCAUCAUUCUUCUGGCUGUCCUCUUCUUGUUCAUCAAUAAAAAACUCUGCUUUGAGAAGAUUGGGGGCCUGCCAUGCCUGGAGCAGCGGAAAAGAAAAAAGCGUUCUAAAGAGAAGGCUGGGGUGCUUCAAGGCCUUGACAAUCAGACUCCAGUGAACAUCGGCCAGGAGCCAGAAAAUUGGUAGUCAUGGCAUGUUGACAAAUUACACAUCCCUUGUCCAGCGGGCCUCAUCAUCUUCAAGCGUAACCUGGACCAACUGACCAUGGCAUCUUCUCAAGAAACUCAGAAUGUCUUCCAGCCUUUAUCCUCUUGGAUAACUCGCAUAUCAGAUGCUAUGUCAUCCACUUUUCUCAACAUUGGUCAAGGAAUGGGUAAAGGAGAGCCCAACCAGAACACCUCAGUAGAUAAAGAAGAGGACUCCAAAAGUGAAACUCAAAAAGGUGAUGACAGCAGUAUGAAAUCUAUAGACUCUGAGAUACCCAAGGAAGAUGGGCAUGGAGAAAAGGACAGUCUCAAUGACAGUUUGGACAGCUCAUCAAAGGCAAAGUUUAAAUCAAAUGGACAUCAACGUACAUCCAGUGCAGGUAUAGACAAUAGUAGCACAUCUGGGGCAUCCAGUGACACUUGGUCAAUGCCUUCAAGCCUUCUGGAAGAACAACUUGACACCAUCCAUGAAGAUGGACAGGAGGACACUGACUGCCAUAGCCUGUACCCAGAAGUUAAAAAUGUGAACAGCUAUGGGGAUGACGAAGACCUGUCCACGUCAUCAGAUAGCGAGGAGGAAGUGAUAAAGCAGUUUGAGAUCUCUGUGUCACGUUCUCAGAGUUUUCGCUCAGGGGUGAACGAGAAGGCCAUUCAAGCAGGCUCUGAGCGACGCCAAAAGUUUACCCGGCUGCUGUCCAAUCAAGAGGAAGGCAGCACAGAGGCCUCAGAGUGUGAAGAUGUCAAUGAUGGUAGCUGCAAUGAAGUACAGCUUCAUUGUGAUGAAGACAGGAGGUCUCUGGGAUCACACUUGGCCUCGGACAUGGUGGCCACUGAAGGAGCUACAGAUGGAAGCCAGGAAAUGGAGACGGCCUUUGACAACCAAAGCAAAGACAUGACAGACGUGACUGACAGUUCCUCCGCCUGGAGUCCUGAGGACCAAGAGGCUGAUAAUACACCAUCUGGGCCUGCUGAUGUGCGACCGCCCAUCUCUAAAUGUGGUGACCUCAUCAUUAUCCUGGACUACAAAGCAACCAGUCAGAAGAUGCUCUUGACAGUGGUGAGGGCAGAGCAGAUCCCCGACAAGGACCGCAGUGGAGUGGACUCCUGGCAGGUGCAUGUUGUUCUGCUGCCUGGCAAAAAGCAGCGGUACAAGACAGCUGUGCAGAGGGGCACAGUACCAGUCUUCAAUGAGACUUUCCGCUUCUCUAAACUUGAGGUGGAUGAGCUGCGCUCCUCUGCCCUGCGCUUUCGCCUCUAUGCUGUUAGCAAAAUAAGCCGUGAGAAGAUGAUGGGGGAGAAGCUGUUUCACCUAGGCGGCGUGAAUCAGGGCUGUGAGAUGGAAGCCACGUUAGUUCUGGAGCCACGCAUCAAUUUAAGUAGUGGAGAUUCCCGGCCGAGCAUGGUGGCUAUCUCCCCAAGUGACAGCGCCUCUUCUACGCAGUCCCUGACGCACGGCGGAGUGCCAGAGCUACUUGUUGGUCUGGCCUACAACCCCACUACGGGGCGAUUAUCUGUGGAAGUUAUCAAGGGCAGCCAUUUUAGAAAUCUUGCUAUCAACAGGCCACCAGACACCUAUGGAAAGCUUACACUUCUUAAUUCGGUGGGGCAGGAGAUCUCACGGUGUAAAACAUCCAUCAGGAGGGGCCAGCCCAAUCCUAUCUUCAAGGAGACAUUCAUCUUCCAAGUGGCCCUCUUCCAGCUUUCUGACGUCACGCUCAUGAUCUCGAUCUACAGCCGACGUAGCAUGAAGAGGAAGGAGAUGAUUGGUUGGAUCUCUCUGGGCCAGAACAGCAGUGGAGAAGAAGAACAAGAACACUGGCUGGACAUGAAGGAGUCCAAGGGUCAGCAAGUAUGCCGAUGGCAUGUUCUGCUGGAGUCCUAAGUCUCAGAUGUGUGAAGAAAUGGAGCAUUGCACGAAGGUCUUGUGCCUCCAGAUGGUUGUUGGACUGCUACCUUUCUAGUCAUCCAAAAAAGAACUGCUUGAUUUUACUGGUCUAGGUGACCAUCACACUACCAGUGGAAUACUACAGAAGGUUCUCUGAGUCCUGCUGCUUUUAUUUUCAAUUUAUAUAGCUUUGGUUUUUAAGGUAAUUUAAAUCCAGAUCUUGCACACUUAAUUGAAUCAUUGAGGAAGUCAUCUAUGUUACUAUUGACUGCGCUCCCGAUUAAUACUUCCAUACUAUGCUGGAUUGGAAUGUUGAUGCUUGUUAUCUAAAAGGUUUUAAGAUUAACUCUAUUUCUGCUUUGACACCAGAAAGGUUUUAUUUCCAAAAUUAAUGUUAGUUAGAGACUCUUUUAGUGUAACAUCUUCAUCCAGCUCAGACGCUAAAUGUCAUUGUGUCACCACCUUGUAUUAUAAUUCCACAGUGUCUCAGUUAGACCGGUUGUCUGAAUUCCUGGAUUUGGUCUAACCAUAAUCUAUAAUCUGUUCUGCAUCACCUUAAGUUAUAAAAAUGUAUCGAGUCCCCUCAUCAUUUCCUUAAUACACCCAUGGGAAUCCCCCAUUUGACCACUUAGACACCUGUCUCAUUGUUACUAUGACACCAAUCCCCACAUCUCUCCACUCAGCCACUUAUUCUCAGCCUUGUAGCAUCACCCCAGCCUCUUGUCUGAGACACUGUAUUCAUGUGAUAUGUCCCUACAUCCCACCCCUUUAUUAAACAAAAUGCUAAUCCCCCACAAGGUCAGCUGCACCACUUCUUAUAUACUACUUGGACCCUGACCCCAAGUAACUAUGUGACCACCUUCCCACAGAUGUGCUUAGCCCUAAUGUAUUUGCGACAAAUCUCCCUGUCAUUUCCUUGUUGAGACUAUGUGAACAAAUCCAUCACCUAACCUCAGAAAUUGUAACUACUGGACUCAUUCCCUUACUCCCAGACAGACCCCAUUGUGAGCACAAGACCACUCCCCUUUUAUACAAAAGCUCUGAAACUACCCCCAGAAUAUCAUUCUAAACAGCUUCUGGAACCCAACUUGACUCUUAGUGUGUUACAAUGAAACCUGUCCCUGUCCUGUACAUCCCAGUGUUACCAUGUGAAUACCUAUUUCACACUUGCAUCCUGGCCCACUAUGCCCAUCUGAAUAGUGCUGCUAUCCCAGACGAGACACUGGUCUUAGUUUGUAAUCAUGAUAUCCAUGCUUAAGCAUCCCCAUAUUUACUGGCCCCAGUGUUUUUCUGAGACCAGUCGCUUUGCCUGCUGGGUCACACAGUUGGCCGCAUUGUAUCUGUGUGAACACUCCCAGUAUGUCGUCCCCCUCUUAGCACCACUCAGACACUGAUUGAUAGCAAUGUAUGCAGUACAUAAAAUCAAUUUCCCUUGCUUUAGUCAAUGUCAGAUUAUGCAACUUCUAGCUAGAGGGGAUGACAAACUUGAUGACUACAGUUGCUGAUCUUGUCUGCAUGUCAUAUUACAUGACUAGAAAUCACAGUGUGUGUCACAUUUGAUGACCACUAACAGCUUUCCAACACAGUUUAAAAUUUCCAAAGUAUUGUGAACCUGCCAUUUUAUUUGACAGCCAAUAACGUACUGCCUGAAUGAGUCAGUACCCGUCCCAAAGCUUUACAAAUACAGCGAGCUCAGCCAGAAACAGUCUCUGUUCUGUUUGUCAGGUCCAAAACACACAUGUUCCUUAUUCCCUGUAGCUGCAGUAUAUGCAUUAUACAAUACUUCCAGGUGAGAGCUCAUUGGUUGUCAUCUCUCAAAUUCACCUCCUCUCCUUGUCAGACACAGGUGCCACUGUAACCAGAUGACUGUUCCUCACCCCUUGUGCCACCUCCACCCCAGCCCACUUGGAUGUAGAUAAAUAAUCCCCAUACUCCAGGCACUAACCAUGGCCCCAGUAUGGCCUCAUAACCCUUAUCUGCUAAGCCAAGCUUCACUGUGAUCGUGUAAACAGUUCCUGCACUGAUGAUGUAGCGUAGCUGAUGUUGCCCAUACUCAUGAAGCCUUUCCACAUUUAUAAAAUGACCUACUCAGCAGGAGCAGCUGUCCCCUGUGGUGAUGGGUGUGUAGGCCGAGGGCCUUAUGGUUUUUCUUCAGUUUUCUCUACCAACAGAGGCCAACCCCGCUGACUUUGCCAAAGUUCAAUAAGCUGCAUCUCUGUAUAUCCAAUUGAGACGCAGGUGGACUAUUCUUUUCAGCUUUAUAUUUAUUUAUUAAUAAUAUUAUCUGUCACCAGUUGGUUUAAGUGAGGUUUCAAGUGGCAUGCCUUUCUUCUCUGUCCUGAUCAGAUGGUCUUCCUCAUGUUUUGAAUCACUUGUAUAUAAUAUAUACACUUAAUAAAAUAAAAUGCCUGCUUAGGAUUGGCAU